UUACAAUUUUGUGUACUAAUUAAAGAUUAACAAACGCAACUUAUCUGCGCGUAUGCAGAUAACGAUUGGGUUAUCAAUACCAGUGUGCAAAAAAUAGCCAUUCUCCUGCGUUUUGUUUAUUUGUUAUGAUCUAAGGACUGACUAAUUUUCUGCGUCUUUGUUUUGAUUAUGAAACGAGGGACGAGGCAUCACGCCAAAAUAAUCUUUAUGUCAGGUGUUCAUAAGUUCGGCGCACUGCGCAGACACUUGACAGAAUCAGCUGUUCCUGCCUGACAGUUCAAAAACUAAAAUGGCGUUCAACUGAAAUUAGACAAAGAAGUGUUCAGUAAAUGUGAGUUAUUUCGUGGUGUUCUGUAAUUGAUUGUAGUGUUAAAGAGUUAUAAAAGACUGUUUUUCUUGUUUAAAUACGAUGUUAGCACUCGAAGUGGUUCCUGAACGUUCGUUAGGCUGUGAACAAUGGGAAUUCGUUGUAGGAAUGCAUUUUUCUCAAGCUGUUUCAAUAAUACAAUCUCAAGUUGGUAUUAUAAAAGGUGUUCAAGUUUUAUAUAAUGAUGCAAAACCUCUAGAAGUUGAUUUGGUUAUAAAUUUGCCACAGGAUGGUAUAAGGCUAUUUUUUGAUCCAGUUUCACAGAGGCUUAAAAUUAUAGAAAUAUACAGUAUGAAAUUAGUCAAGUUAAAAUAUUGUGGAUUGCCAUUCAACUCACCAGAAGUGCUGCCGUCUAUAGAACAAAUUGAGCAUUCUUUUGGUGCCACACAUCCAGGGGUGUAUGACUCGGAGAAGCAAUUAUUUAUUUUAAAUUUUCGAGGACUCUCAUUCUAUUUUCCUGUUGAAUCUAAAUUUCAGUCUGGAAGUUCUCAUAAUUUAGGUUCUCUUCAGUUUCCUCCAGGAAAUUCUCCCCUGGUAUCCAGGAUGUCUAUAUACAGUGGAUCAAGUGUAGAUCAAGCUGUAGCACCAGAACUACCUCUAUCAUGUUAUCAUGGCCAAUUGUACCUUUAUAAAGCAGAAGUGCUUAGAGGUGAAGGCUAUACAAAGGGUUUGAAGUUGUGCUUACUUACAGUUCCUCUUUCACUUUUAAAAAGCUACAUACCCAGAAGAAAUUGCACAAACAACCGAAGAAUAGACUCUUCUAAAUUGCAAUUUGAAAGGGAAGUACUGUUGGGUCAUUCUGCUCAAGUUGUGGCCACAGCACUAGGAGCACCAUCAAGGGUGUUCUUUAAAAGCGAGGACAAAAUGAAGAUCCACUGCCCAAAUGCGCAUAGACGCGCCUCCGCUUCUAAAAGUGACUACUUUUUCAACUACUUCACUUUAGGCCUUGACGUCCUGUUCGACGCAAGAACACAUUUAGCAAAGAAGUUCGUGCUUCAUACCAAUUAUCCGGGCCAUUAUAACUUCAACAUGUAUAUGAGAUGCGAGUUCGAAGUGCCAUUACCGGAGUCGGCCGGCGGAACUACGAUUACGUCUUAUUCUCAUUGGGAAGAAGUCUGCAAGAAAUUGGUACCGAGCGAUCGACCUGUUGUAUUGAACAGAGCCAGUUCAACCAACACCACUAAUCCAUUCGGAAGUACGCUGUGUUACGGUUAUCAGGACAUCAUAUUCGAGAUAAUGCCCAAUCAUUAUAUUGCGUCACUGAGCAUGUACGGUGACGGAAGACCAUACCAGAAGGAACAACAGCAAGCGUGACAGAGGCUAUCUGCCACCUACCUUAUCUUAACGAACAGGUACUGGCAACCAACCCUCGUUACUUAAGCUCCUAUCCCUCACAUCCCAGACAUUAUACGCCUGUCGCGCAUAAUAAAACAAAAUAUACACAAAAUAUAAAGCCGACACAUGAGACGCUGCACAAACGAAAUGUUAAACAUCUUCGCCCUUGCAGUUGUUGAUGAUAACUGUGACAAGUCUAGAUACAGAAUGGGAUAUGGAUGACUUGGUAAUAUAUUUUAGCCAAAUUGGGAUAUCUCGAUCCGUUAACACAUCUAAUCUUCACUUACUACUUUAUAUCUUGGAUAAUUAAAUGGCAGAAAAUAAUACUCAUUUUAAACUAUUUCGGUUUUAAUUAUUGGUGACUUGAAUGUAAAUUGUGCAAAAAAAUUGUCUCUCCCAAUUAUGAUAUAUUAUUGUACCCUCAAAAACAUAAUUUGAAAUAAUUAUAUAAAUAAAUGUAGGCACUAACAAAAAGAAAACAUCUUUAACUUAAAUAACGCUUCCAAGUCAUCCAUAUUGUCUGUAUAUUCAAGUUCAGAUAAUAAAGUGUCGCUUAUUAAACUAAAAAACACAAAUUAUUUUUAAGUUUUUCUUCCAAUUUGAAUGCAUUCUUUUAUUUAUGAAAUGAUGUCAAAGAGAAAAAAAUUAUAUAAAAAUCUUAAAACUUAAAAAUAUGUAAAAAAAUACGCUUACAAAUUAUUUAUGUAUAAGUUAAGUAUGUAGAUUUGUAUGAACUAUAAUUUUUUGGUUGUUUAUUUGAAGGUUUAUUUAUUUUUAAAACAUAUUGUUAAAUUUAUACAAUAAUCAUCUGAUAUUAUUAAUUGAUGUUUUAAUCAUUUAAAAUCAGAUUUUUAUUUUAUAUUAUAUUGUGUGAACAAGCUUUCGUUGAAUGAUUAUGUAUACCAUUUUUUAUAUCCGUUUUUAUAUUUUUAUGGUAAUAUUCCUGAUAUUUGUUUUAGAAUACACAUAAAUCAUUUAUUGAGGUCAAUUAACAAAGCAAUGAUUAUUGUAUAGAUCCCACCUGUACAGUGAAUUUAGGAUUAUAAAAUUUACAACCCACGGUGCAAAUCCUUUUUGUCACCUGUUGAUUAUGUAUUGGACAUACAGAUGAUUUUAAAGGUUUACAUCUGAUAGGGGGCCAGUUUGGAAAUGUGUUCAUUUCUUUUUAGUUUAAUUCAAUCACAUUCAGGGCAUGGAAUACAUAAUGGAUAGUGAACUGAAUUUCGGUCCACGUUCGUUCUUGUUUUUUCUCUUUAAUGAAAUGUAAAUUGUGUUCAGUUUUUUAAGUUAUAAUUGUACGUUUGAUUUAAUUCAGUACCAUAAUUAUUGUCUUGUUUUAGAAAUUUUUCAAUCAUUUGAACAGAGUGAAUUUGAUGCUUUUCUUGACAAAUAAAUAAAACCGUUGUCAGCCUUAGACUACUGUGACAAUUUACUUUUCAUUGGUAGUUAAUAACUAUGUAGUUUCUCUGUUAAGAAGGCAUAUUGGAAAGUUGUAUUUAUUUUAUAUUUUAAUUGAAAUGGUUUCGUACCAAAGUAAAAAGUGUAAUAUAGCCGUUUUAUAGAUAUAAAUUAUUAUAUACAUAUUUUACUAGAUAAUUGCGUUAGAUACAGUAUGUGUGUGAAAUCUUUGUUUACCAAUGUUUGUACAUAUAUUCGUUCAAUAGAUAUCUUUUUACUGUUUGUUCUAAAACAUACAUCAUGUAAUGACCUAAACAUUUAUUUUGUAUAAUCAUGUAUCUUAUAUUCAUAUAAAAUCAUAUGUGUAGAUUAAAUUUUAAAUUAGAUCGUCAUCCAAUAACCUGCAGAAAUAAAAAAAAUAAGGGAAAUUGGCCUAAGCAUGGAUUUUUUUAUAACGAUUUAAUAAUAAUCAUCAAGUUGAAGAGAUUAACCAAAUCAAUGCAUAUUUUCAUUUUCUGUGUAACUUUGUAAAUGUAAAAAUUUUAUAGGAUUUUUAUUAUCAAAUUUCUUAUUACUGAACAUAUAAGUAAACAACAAAAAUGUGAUGGCAUUUUCUUAUUUAGAAAAAAUAAAAAAAACAGUAUUAACUAGAAAAAAUAUUUUUCAUACAUUUUCUAUAUUUUUAGUGCAUCAAUCCGAUGUAUUCUCUUUUUGAAGUUAAGUGUGGGCUUAAUAGACUAUGUAAUAUUUUAACCUAUAAAUAUUUUUAAAAAAUGCAACCUAACCUAACCUAAUAUGUUAAUGAUGAUACACAUAUUGGAUACUUAAGUGAGAGUAACUUUUAAAUAUAAUGGCCAUUAAUUUUAAAAAUGAAUCAAAACUCGUUCAAAAUUGAUUUACUCUUACCUAUAUAAUCAAUAUGACUCCUUGUUUAGUACUGAUUUAACAGGUUAAGGAACGUAAUGAUGCAAAAUAAGGUAUUGUUUAUCGUCAAUGUUAUUUUGCAUUAUGUUAUUUUGUGAUCAUUUAGUUCUGUUUUAAUUGAAAAACCUCAUUUUGGUGAUAUUUAGGAAUAAUUUAUGAGAUCUCAUAUGACCAUUGUAAGUUGUAAAUACUAAUUUACGAAAAAUGUUUUCUGAAUCACAAUCAUUACACAAAGGAAAUAAAUUUGUUAAAAACG